AUGGCCAAAGCGAUGUCCCCAAAGCUGGUCGUGGCGGCGCGUGCCGCCCUGCUGGGCCUAUGCAGCCUGCUGAGCCUUUGCAGCCUGUGGCGCUCCGGUGAAGAUGAGCUCGACGCGCGGAGCCGCGCGCGGCGGCUUGGCGCUUCGCCGUUCCACUGGGCGCGGCAGGGCUGGGAGGCCUUGGCGGCGACGAAGCUCUUGCCGGGGCCUUGUGUGGUUCAGGAGGUGCAGGGCACCGUGCAGGAGCUGAUCUGGAGCAGCGAGGACUUGGUGCGAUCGCACUGGAUUCUUCUGGUCCUGGGAGUGCUGGGAGCUUUGGUGGGAGCUGCGGCCUUCAUCCUCAAAGAGUACCUUGCCAGGAAUGCCACUGCUGUGUACACGUCCUUGUUGCAGAUGGAGGGUGAGGGUGAUGAGGGCACUUUGAUGGCAAAAGGUGAGGUGGUUUUGAUGGUUGGAUUUUGGGUCGCAGACAUGUUGUCCGAUGUCUAUGUCACGUACUCCUACUUCAAGAGUGGCCUGUAUGUGUUCGGCAGCCUUCUCAUCACUAUUUGGCUGGGAAGCGGAUGCAUCGCGUUCUUGCACCGUCGUCUCAGCUGGCAACGGUGCGAUUCUGGCAUAAAGGCUGACCUCUAUUUUUCGAACUUGAAUGAACAGGGUGAACCGCUGCCCACUUGGACAACGUUGAUGCUUUACCUCCUACAAGUCGAGCCCAUCAUCAUGGCCUACAAGUCGUGGGGAAAAGCACUGAGCAAGAAUCUCCAAGAGGAGAAGAUCCUGUCCUCGCUUUGUGAGGGUGCUCCCUCAAGUUUACUGCAGAUCUACGCCUUGAUGGUGAGCCAGCCCAGCGGAAAUCCAUACUUGUUGGCAGGUUCCAUAGCUUUGUCAAUUUUCACUGUGGCCAAGGGCCUCAACAAGGCCUAUGAACUCUGCAUGCCUGAAGGUCGCAAGGUGGAAAAGGCCCUUCUUCCACAACCCGCCCUGCUUUUGUUCCGCAUGUGCGAUGGCUUUGCCCGGCUCGGGCUCUGGGCCUUGCUGGGCUUUUCUUUGCGGCCCUCUGGUGCGGCAAAACAGGGGAUCCAGCAGCCAUUCCUGCCCCUCAUUAUGCUCGCAGAGCUUUUGAUCGUCGUGCUGCUUUUCAAGUCUAAAUCCUUUGGACUUGACCUCAAGUGGUCCGCCCUGUGGGCGAAGAACUACUUUGUUGGCAUCAUAGCAUGCUUCCUGAGCACCUUUUGGUGCUUCUUCAACAGGCAGUUGACUGCACAAAGGCGCUUCUUUCGAAGCCUGCUAGCCUUCCGCACAUGCGAAGCCGUUGGCAUCAUCGUUCUUGCCAUUCGCAGCUUCUCUUCACCGCCUGGAGAUGAAUGUGCCCUGUCAGAGAAUCCGUCCAUUACCAUUAUCGGGCUCAUGGCUUCCAUGUGCUACCUAUUCAGCCUUCUCCUUGCCAUUUGCGAUGAUGCUGCACUAUCCUGCUGCUGCGUGCCCAUUUUUCCUAUGGUCAGUGGCUGGCAAGGCGGCCGGUUGGAGACAGCAGCACGCCUGGGCUUUGCAGCCCACGUUGACCACCUGUUUGAGCAGUCUGAGCCCGCGGAACGAGCUGCGGCGCUGUGCCAGGCGGCCGAGGCAGGCCAUGUGUCAGUGGUGCACACCUUGCUCCGCAAGAGCACUUCCGCUUCUGCAAUCUGGGAAGGCACCUCGGCCAUGCAUUGCGCCGCCAAAGCAGGUCAGCUCGAGGUCAUGAAGCUGCUGAAAGACAAGGGUGGCGAUUUGAAGGCGACAGAUGGGAAUGGAGCCACGCCAGCCUUCAUUGCUGCGGAAAAUGGCCAGGCGCAAGCUUUGAGUUUCCUGCAGACUUCUGACUGCGACCUGGAGAAGGCCAACAAGUUUGGACAAACUCCGGCAUGGAUUGCCGCAUCGAAUGGACACCUGGAGGUGCUGAAGUUGUUGAAGGGUUGCAAUUGCAACCUCAAAGCCAGAGAUUCAGGUGGAAGAGGAAGGACUCCAGCUGACGCUGCGGCCGAGCACGGCCAUGUGGACGUUUUGCAGCUUCUCCACGCCGCCGGCUGCGACCUCGCGGCGGCGAGCAAGUAUGCCGCCCAGGAAGGGCACGUUGAGGUGCUCCGCUUCCUGCAGAGCUUGGCGGUGGACCUGGACAUGGUCGACGCCAAAGGAGUGGCCCCGUGUCACGCCGCUGCGGCGACCGGCCAACUGGAGGCCCUGCGGUUCCUGCACGCUGCUGGCUGCAACAUGGAGACGGUGGAUGAGGAUGGGGUGACUCCUGCCCAUUUUGCUGCCAGAGUUGGGCAUGUGGAGACCCUCAGGUUUCUCCACAGUGUGGGAUGCAACUUGGAGACGGUGAACAAGCAUGGGGAUACUUCUGUCCAUGUCACCGUCCUCCAUGCAGCGAUUGAGAGGAAUCAGCUUGCUGCGGUACAGUUUUUGAUUGGCAUCGUGGAUGUGAACAUGCCGGGCUUGGGUGGAGCCUACGCCCUGGACAUCGCCAAAGCCAAUCACUCCAGCAGUGCCCUGACCGCAGUUCUGGAGAAGGCGGGUGCCAUUGGUGGACCUCAGCCACAACUGGUCGGACUCACCGCUCUGAAGCCGCGGCAGCCACCAUCAACUGGUCUAACCUGGUUCACCUGUGGUUUGCCCGAGCUUGCCCAGAGCGGCGGGAAGUUCUACUACGAGAUCCAGUUCCUCAGCGAUUUCAAGUGUCCUCAAGUUGGCUGGGCGAGCGCCCAGUUCCAGCCAGGCGAAGCCGGUGAUAUCGGAGUAGGAGAUGAUGCGCACAGCUGGGCCUUUGACGGCCAGAGAUGUCUUUGGUGGAAUGAUAGGGAGAAGAAGGCCUUGGAGAUUUCCAGAUGGAGCAGGGAGGACAUCAUUGGCUUGGCCGUGGAUUUGGACAACCACGAGAUGCAGCUGCGCACGAAGCACGGAACAGAAGCCACCAUGCCUUUCCAUCCUGACGGGCCCGUGUACCCAGCAGUAUCGGUCAUAGGCCUGUUUCAAAUGCGCUUGGCCAAAGAGAGCUGGAAGCUACAAGCCCCUGCCGGUUACAACGAGUGGAGCCGUGGAGAUUUCGCAUGGACCAACCAAGUUGUCCUCCCGACUUUGCUAGGAAGCCUAAGAAGCAAGGCUGAUGCAAAGACUUCGCCUCUCUCUUAG